AUGGAACACGAUUUAACAAAGAAGAUAUGUAGCUUCUUGGAUGCUCAUUUAAUGCUCCAAUUAGUCGAUUUCCUCAAGGGUUAUUCAGAGGAAGAUAUCAAUCGUGCUAAAGCUGAUAUUCUUGCACAGACUGGAUGUUGCGAUUAUGCUAUCACUGUUUAUCAAUCGAUCGGAAGAGAUAUUGCACCAUUGCAAGAGAAGAAACAAAAGUUGGUCGAACAAUUGGCACAAUUGAAGGAGGCAUGUCAAGUGGUAACUCAAUAUAUCGAAGCAAAGAAGGAGCAACAUCAACAAACUGUUGCUGCUGCUGCCGCUGCUGCCGCCGCCGCCGCUGCUUCUACCACUACCACCAGCACCACCGCUGCCAGCACCACCACUCCAGCAAUCAAAGAUGAGGAAGCUGAAGAAUCAACUCCAGCCACAACCACAGCUGCUCCACAAAAAUCCGAAUUAACAUUUGGUAGUUUGAGAGAGAAAGUAACACCAGAGAUUGUUGAAUCAUUAUAUAGAUACGCUAAAUUGUUGUUUGAAACAGGACAAUACAAGAACGCUAGAGAAUAUUUGGAUAUCUACGUAAAGUUGUCACAUGAUAGACAAAAGCAAUUCAGUGCUUCAUGGGGUAUCUUGGAAGCUGAUAUCUUGAGUUCAAAUUGGGCUGGUGCCGUUGCCGAUAUUCCACAAAUCAAGGAAGAGAUUGAUUCCAACCAUAAUCUUACACCAGUUCAACAAUUACACCAAAGAGCAUGGUUAAUUCACAGAAGUUUAUUUGUUUAUUUCAACCAACCAGAUAGCAGAGCUUUAUUAGUUGAUUUAUUAUUAGAUGACAAAUACUUGAAUGCUAUUCAAACCAUUUGCCCACAUGUAUUAAGAUAUUUGGCAGUUGCAAUCAUCACAAACAGAAGAAAACCACAACAACUCUAUCAAUUGGUCAAGGUUAUCGAACAAGAGGCCUACACCUAUAAGGAUCCAAUCACCAUCUUUGUUUCAAGCCUCUACGUCCGUUUCAACUUUGAAGAGUCACAACAAUACCUUGCACAAUGCGAACAGGUACUGAAGCAAGACUUCUUUUUGUCGUCGUGCUACGAUGACUUUAUGGAACAUGCUCGUGCCUGCAUCUUUGAGACCUAUUGUAAUAUUCAUGAAAAUAUUGAUAUUGAUAUGUUAUGUAAGAAUUUGGGUAUUGCACCAGAAAACUCUGAGAAAUGGAUCGUCGAAGCAAUUAGAAACGCUAGAUUUGUUGCAAAGAUCGACUCUGCCAACAAUCAAAUUAAAAUGUUUUCACAACACACUAACGCCUACCGUCAAGUGAUGGACAAGACUAAGGGAUUGUUCAAUCGUGGUAUCGAAAUUUUGGUGGGUAUCAACGACUCUAGAACCCAAAACGCCAGAAGAAACGCAGGUGACAGAAACAAGGGACAAAGAAGACCAAAUAACAAACAACAACAACAACAAGCCAAUGCCACCGGUGCUGCCACCCCAGCACAAUCAACAGAGGCUACUGCUACCGCUGCCGCUGCUGUCACUACUGCCUCCACCCCAGUAUCUGUUUAA